UUAAAUUCAAAAUGGCUACAUUCAGCAGAAGGAGCAGGAGCGUGAUCGGACUGUCGUUCAGAAGAAGAGGCUAUAAUUCGAUGAAGGAGAAGGAAAAUGAAUGCUUAUGUGUGUGUAAGGAAGAAGCUGUAUGUGAAAAGGGUGGCUGGUUUCCUGUAAAGCGACGCCUUUCCCUCAGAGGUAAAAAAUACCAGCUACAAAAUACGUCGUCCCCACCCAUUUGCGAACACAUGUCCGAUGAUGACGCUAGUGUCGAGAAACAAAAAGAAAAGAAGAUAACUUUUGAAAAUGUUGGCAAGGCCAUGACAAGACUGCGACAGAGACUGAGAAGGAAAAUUCACAGAAGAAGGCUUGAAAACCUGGACACGCCCAACAAAACCCCAGGUACAUGUAGUUUGCGGAAAAGUGCUCGUCUCGCUGCCAAAACCCCUGAGCUCAAACUGUACAGUCCAUUUGGCAUUGAGACCCCCGGCAGGUCACCCCUCAGACUGAAUCAACACCAACCGAAAAGGUUCAAUUUUAGCAGCCCAAACUCUUUUCAAAGAGAUCUUGACAGUGUAGCAAGUGGAAUAAGAUCUCUGAAGCACAAUUCCAACAGUUUUUCCAGUGUUAUUCAGAAAGAAAACAGUUCUCCUUCCCAGAGUCUUGGAAGAGGAGAAGUACAAGAGAAUGGAGAGACGAAAGUAUCACCUCAGGCCAAGAAUUGAGUUGGGUUCGAGGGAAACACUGAUUUAUUGAAAACGGGGACUAUUUUUGAUGACUAACAUGUUGCACAAUCAGUUAGACAUUCUGUUUAAGUUACAGUUGGUCUUGUGCAGUGGAUAAUCCGAUAUCACAUGCACAUGUGUGUACUUGACUGCAAAACAAUCCACAAGUGUUGACUGGUUAAUUACCACAAAAAAAUGAAAAAAAAAAAUGAAAAAUUAACAUAAAAGGUUGGCAAAUAUAGUUUUUUUUUAAUAUCUGUCAAUCUUGUUGAAGCCUUAUAACAGAAUUGAAAUGAAGAUGAAAAUGUAUUGAAUGUAGCACUGAAAACAAAAUUAGUUUGUACAUGGUCAUUUUAACAUUUAAGCUAUGCUUUUUGAUAGCAUGGCUUACCAAAGUAGGAUUAAUUUAUUUUUGUCUUGCCUGCUUAAGUAUAAUUUAGACAUAUCUGUAUAUGUUAGAUGCUAUAUAAUCCUGAAAUUGUACGUAGUUUGUGUACAAUGAUAUAUUUUAUACGAAACAUUUUACAUUGUAGUUUAUCAGUUUUUCUGUUAAGAUAUAAGAUUAAUACAUAAACUGUUUAUUUAAACAAAAUGUAAUCAUGUCUGUUAAAGAAGAAAAGAUGGUUGUACAAAAUAUGUAUGUGAAGUAUGUAAGAGUUCAAGUUGCAUGUAUUAGAGUGGUAGGUAAGCUAAGGUUAUGUCUUCCAAGAGUGCCAAAUGUUAUACCAUGUACAGUGAAGUCCCACAACCAGUUGUAUUUAUAAAUUAACCACUUUGACAUUAUUAUAAUCGAUAUGUGCUUUUUUUUUUUCUGCAUCAUCAUAACUUUUGUACUAAUAUUUAAUAUUACCCUAAUAAUUACAUAAUGCUUAUGUUAAUUCUAUUAUGACUUUUGCAUACAAAUAAUCUACCCAUCGUGUGCUUUUAUUAUUAUUAUUUUUUUAUAUUAUUGUAGUAUUAGCAUAACAAAUGCCACAUUUAUUCUUAACAUGUGUUACAAUUAGGUUUAAGUGUUUGCUUGCUUAUUGUAUGAUUAUUGUUUGCUUGUGUUGAAGGUUUCAGUGGUGCUGUUUUUUUCUUUUUUUUUUUAGUUGCAUUGCUCAAUAAUUAGGUCAGUACCAUCAGUCUGUGUUAAGUUGCAAGUUUUGUCUUUUUGUUUCCAAUUUCUGUUGGUACAUACAUACAUAAAGAGAGACAGGUAUUUUUAUUUUUUCAAACUUGUCAGUGCUUAUCAGAUACACUAUGUAUGCAUCAUUCAGUUGACAUCAAUAAUGCAGCUUACACUGAGGUAUUAUUUUGCACAAUGGACUUAUAAAGAAGUUUUAGCAUACAGGACCGAGGUAUGGAGUCAUUACAAUUUGUUCCAUAGCUCAUAUAAAAGGAUAGCCAAAAAGAUGACACGUAUGCAUGAAAAUGGAAUCUUAUUUAGGCACAAUUCAGGAGAGAUUUUGAGGAUAAAUCUACUUUGUGCAAUACAAAAUGUUCACAUUUUGGAUUCAAUUUUUUAAUGUGCACAACGGGAAUUGCACAUGGCUACUAGACUAUGACUCACGAGUAAUGUUUGCAUGGGUGCUGUUUGGUAGUUUAAACUUUUAAAAUUUGAUACUGUCAAUAGAGUUAAAUGUAAUGGAAAGUAUUAUACAAAACC